AUGUCUUCAGGCAACUGUUUGAGCUCCAGCAUCCGACCCCGCCCGUCCAAAAUUAGCCGGUUUGUGAUCGCUGGUGUGGUUUUCCAUGAUAGUAAAAAGCAUCGUGUUUCCUGCUGCGGGUCAAAGGGCCGCUGGUUGAUAACGUCGGGGCGGGGGCAACAGGACGUGAGCGGUUUGAGCUGUGGACGUCCUGAGUGUGACUUUAUUCUUUUAUUCUUUGUGUCUCAAAGAAAGAAAAUGACAUCCAGCCGCAGGCAUCAUCUGAAGAGUUUGAUGCUGCAGAUCGCCGCCGGCUGGAUCGAGCAGGAGAAGAAGGACAUCGAGGCGGCGAAGCAGGCCUACAUGGCCGAGAACUGCCCCGCCCCCGACCUCAGCGGAGACCAGGCCGCCCUCAUGGAAUUUUGCAAGAAGCUCCACCAGGCCAUCGACAAGAUCGAUGAGGCGAGGUACGACGCCGAGUCCAAAGUGCAGAAGGCCAACAAAGAGAUCGAGGACCUGAAGCUGAAGGUGGUGGAGCUGGCCGGAGUGAAGAAACCCGCCCUGAAGAAGGUCCGUAUGUCCGCUGACGCCAUGCUGCAGGCUCUGCUGGGCGGCAAACACAAGGUGACCAUGGACCUGAGGGCCAACCUGAAGCAGGUCAAGAAGGAGGUCAAGGAGGAGCCCACAGAGGCCGUCGGCGACUGGCGUAAGAACAUCGAGGAUAAAGCCGACAGGAAGAAGAUGUUCGAGACUUCCUAA